CAAGUCGUUUUUUUGCUGCUUGCAUAUGCUUUGCAACCCUGAAUUUCUAUAAUUUGGCUUGAUUUACUCUAAAUAACUAUCAGUACUACUUGUUCAUCCCCAUACUGAGUGUUCGCCAUGAAGGAACAGGUGCUUGACAUAACGCCAAAAAAAAUUAAGCACAUCCAAUUUGGUGUGCUGUCUCCUCAGGAGAUGGUCAAGAUCGCCGAGUUCGAGGUCACCCAACGAGAUUUGUACAACAUGCCAGACAGAACACCUGUUAAACAUGGUGUGCUCGACUUGAGAUUGGGUACCUCCUCGAAAGAUGGUACUUGCGAAACUUGUGGACAAAAAAUGGCAGAUUGUGCUGGCCAUUUCGGUUAUAUCAAACUUGUUUUGCCUGUAUUUCACAUCGGUUACUUCAAGGCCAUUAUCUCCAUCUUACAAGAAAUUUGCAAGACCUGCAGUCGUGUAAUGCUGGAUGAGACGGAUAGACGAGCAUACUUGAAGCGAUUACGUACACCCGGUAUGGAUAACCUUACGCGCGAGCGUGUUGUAAAGGCCAUUAAUACAAGGUGCAGAAAGCACAACAAUUGUCCACACUGUGGUGCUUUGAAUGGUACCGUCAAAAAAGUUGGAGCACUCAAAAUUACACACGACCUGUUCAAGAGAGACUCAAAAAGAAAUGAAAAGCUCAAAGUAGACUUUGAAAAAACAUUUGCCGAGUCCAUUAAGACUAUGCCGGAAAUCAAGAGUCAUAUCAAUAAGGCUCAAGAUGAUAUGAAUCCACUAAAAGUACUUAAACUAUUUCAGCGAAUUUCACCAGAGGACUGCGAGCUGCUUGGCCUGAACCCUGCGCAUGGUCGACCUGAACUUUAUAUAUGGCAGUAUCUUCCUGUUCCGCCUGUCUGUAUCCGCCCAUCAGUCCCACAAGAUGAUGGCAGUAGCAAUGAAGACGAUUUGACAGCUAAAUUGACGGAAAUAGUUUUCACCAAUGCGAUUAUUAGAGCCGGUCUCGAAAAGGGCAUCACGAUCAUGAACUUGAUGGAGCAAUGGGAAUUUCUACAGCUUACAGCUGCUAUGUACAUUAACAGUGAAUUGCCUGGUGUACCCUCAGCCAACAUGGGAAAACCAAGUCGUGGUCUCUGUCAGCGCUUAAAGGGAAAGCAAGGUCGUUUCAGAGGAAAUUUGUCCGGCAAACGUGUUGACUUUUCUGGACGUACUGUUAUCUCACCAGAUCCAAACAUGCGAAUUGACCAAGUCGCUGUGCCAGAACGUGUAGCCAAAAUUCUUACAUAUCCCGAGAGAGUAUUCGAACAUAAUAUCCAUCGCCUGCGCCAGCAUGUCAUCAAUGGUCCAGAUAUCCACCCUGGUGCAAACUAUGUACAAUUCGCAGGAAGCGGGUUCAAGAAGUUUUUGAAGUUUGGUAAUCGCCAAUACAUUGCUGCUGAACUCAAAAUAGGAGAUAUUGUCGAAAGACAUCUUUCAGAUAACGAUGUUGUCUUAUUCAACCGACAGCCUUCACUUCACAGAAUGUCCAUCAUGGCGCAUUAUGCUAAAGUCAAGCCAUGGAGAACCUUCCGAUUCAACGAGUGUGUUUGUGCACCCUACAAUGCUGAUUUUGACGGUGACGAAAUGAACAUGCAUUUACCACAAACCGAAGAAGCCAAGACCGAAGCCAUUGAGUUGAUGGGCGUCAAGAACAAUUUGGUUACGCCUCGAAACGGAGAACCUUUGAUUGCCGCAACACAAGAUUUCAUCACAGCCGCCUACCUUAUUACUAGAAAGGAUCGCUUCUAUACCCGCGCUAUGUUUGUCCAAGUCUGCUCCAUGAUGGGUGAUGCUGAACUCAAGGUCACCAUCCCGCCUCCAGCUAUUUGGAAGCCACAACGUCUGUGGACUGGCAAACAGAUUUUCAAUGUUUUGUUCCGACCCAAUACCGACAGUAACAUUAUCAUCAAUCUGGAAACCAAGACCAAAUCUUUCAUCAAAUCUGACAAGCGAGCUAAUGACCUUUGCCCGGCCGAUGGUUGGUUGGUUAUUCGAAACAGUGAGAUCAUGUGCGGCUUGAUGGACAAAGCGACUGUUGGUGACGGAAACAAGAACUCGGUGUUUUAUAUCGUUUUGCGUGACUAUGGACCGAUUGAAUCUGCAAAGUGCAUGAACCGUCUGGCCAAGCUCUGUGCUCGCUGGCUCGCUAAUCAAGGUUUUUCUAUCGGAAUCAGUGAUGUAACUCCUGGUGAACGUCUACGCAACAUCAAAGAUGAACAAAUUGCUACCGCGUACAAAAAGUGUGACGAUGUCAUCCAUCAAUUUGAAACAGGUCAACUUGAAACUAUGGCUGGUUGUGACGAAGAACAAACUAUGGAAUCCCAAGUGUCUGGUAUCUUGUCCGAAGUCCGUGGAGCCCUGGGUAAAGUCUGUAUGACGGAAUUAAACAACCACAACGCUCCCAGUAUUAUGGCCCGAUGUGGUUCCAAGGGUUCCCAGAUUAAUGUGUCCCAAAUGGUUGCUUGUGUCGGUCAACAAAUUAUUAGCGGUACUCGUAUUCCAAAUGGUUUCCAAGAUCGUUCUCUACCACACUUUUUGAAGAAUUCCAAACAACCCGCUGCCAAAGGUUUCGUUCGCAAUUCUUUCUUUACCGGUCUUACUCCUUACGAGUUCCUUUUCCACGCUAUUUCUGGUCGUGAAGGUCUUGUUGAUACAGCUGUCAAGACUGCUGAAACUGGUUACAUGGCUCGUCGUCUUAUGAAGGCGUUUGAAGAUUUGACUACCUUUUAUGACUUGUCGGUCCGUAAUUCUGAAGGUGCUAUCGUCCAGUUCCGUUAUGGUGAUGACGGUUUGGAUCCCAUGACGAUUGAAGGUGAUGGAAUUCCUGUAGAAUAUGAGCGCAACAUGAACCACAUUCGCAACAGUAUUGGAAUACAUGCCGGUGAUGCUGCUCUUUUGCCAUGGCAAAUUAUGCAUAUCACAGAGGAGGAAAUCAAACGUCCAAUUUGGAAGGCAAAUUGUAUGGAAUCCUUCAUUCAAUCCACUCUUAGGUUCAUCCGCAAUAAUGUUGCCGAACGUUUGGUUAAGAUCCGUCAAAUGUAUAAACUCCAAGCUGGUAUGGCUAUGCCUAGUGAGGAUUACAUGGAUAUUGACAUUGACGAGGAUAUCACUGAUGAUGUUAAAGCAAUCGUCAACAACAAAUACACUGUUACCGAAAGGCAACUUCGUGGCUUCCUUAAUGUUUGUCUCUCCAAGUAUAUGAAGGCUAAAAUCGAACCUGGUACUGCUGUCGGUGCUAUCGGUGCACAAUCUAUUGGUGAGCCUGGUACUCAAAUGACGUUGAAGACUUUCCAUUUUGCUGGUGUCGCCUCCAUGAACAUUACGCUUGGUGUCCCUCGUAUCAAGGAAAUUAUCAACGCUUCGAAGAUUAUUUCAACCCCUAUCAUUACUGCUCACCUGGUGUCCGAUCGUGAUGUUCGAGCAGCCAGAGUGGUGAAGGCUAGAAUUGAAAAGACUACCCUUGGAGAAAUUGCUGAGUACAUUGAAGAUGUGUUCACGCCAAAUGACUGCUACCUUGCUAUCAAGAUCGAUAUGUCUGCCAUAAGCAAACUACAGUUGGAAACCAACGUCAAUGAGAUAGCAGAUUGCAUUGCCAACGCUCCAAAGCUUAAGAUUGGAAAGUCCGUGUACUCUAGCCCUCCGGACAUGAUUCGCGUCCAAAUCUCUGCUGACCCAGACGACAAGACAAAGGAACCUUUGUACUUUAAGAUGCAGAGACUCAAAAGAGCUCUUCCUCACAUCAUCAUUAAGGGCUUGCCUACUGUGGUACGUGCUGUCAUUUCUGAGAAAGAAGGUGGUAGCGGUGAGAAGGAGCUUGCAGUCGAAGGCUAUGGCUUGCUACAGGUCAUGACUACAGACGGUAUCAUUGGUCGCUUGACCACGUCUAACCACAUUAUGGAGGUUGCUCAAGUUCUUGGCAUAGAAGCCGCAAGAAACACUAUCAUUCAUGAAAUUCAGUACACGAUGGAUAAGCACGGUAUGACUAUUGACCCUCGUCACGUCAUGUUGCUAGGAGAUAUUAUGACCAGCAAGGGUGAAGUGCUUGGAAUCACACGUUUCGGUAUUUCCAAGAUGAAGGACAGUGUGCUUAUGUUGGCGUCCUUUGAAAAGACUACGGACCAUCUAUUCGACGCAUCAUUGUACAGUAAGCGAGAUGCAAUCGAAGGAGUUUCGGAAAAGAUCAUCAUGGGUAUUCCAAUGUCUAUCGGUACUGGUCUAUUCAAGCUUGUCCGACAGACUGAGCAGGAUAACAUUCUGCCACCACGCAAACUCUUGUUUGAUAAUCCUAAUAAUCACAUCGCCCUUAAAGCAUAAGUUUUUUUAUAUUAAAAAUCUUCCUUGUUUUUUUUUGGUUUAUUUUC